AUGAGGUCGUGUUUACUGAGUCUUCUAAUUGCUCUUGUUUGCCUAAUUGCAGUCAGUCCAGCUACCGCCAGGGUAAUACCAAAGAAUUACCCCCAGGACAGCGUUCAAAAAAGUGACGAGACUGCUGAGGGUAAAUGUGGAUGUGCUGGCUCGGGGAUAUCAAUAAAUUCUAGCAAUGAUAACGAAGAUUACGAUGAAGAAGAUGACGAAGGGGAUGAGGAUGAAGACUAUGAUGAUGAAUUUGACGACGAAGAUGAGGAUGAUGAAGAUGACGAUGAAGACGACGACGACAAUGAUGAUGAAGAUGAGGAUGAAUUUGACGACGGUGAAGAUGAAGACGACGAAGAUGAUGAUGAAGAAGAUGAGGAUGAAUUUGACGACGAUGAAGAUGAAGACGAUGGAGAUGAGGAUGAUGAAGACGAGGAUGAUGAAUUUGAUGAUGAGGAUGAUGAAGAUGAGGAUGAAGAUGUAGACGACGAAGAUGAAGACGACGACGACGAGGAUGAUGAAUUUGAUGAUGAGGAUGAAGACGACGAAGAUGAGGAUGAGGACGAAGACGACGUGGAUGAUGAAUUUGACGACGAAGACGAAGAUGACGAAGACGAGGAUGAUGAAGAUGAGGAUGAAUUUGACGACGAUGAAGAUGAAGACGAUGGAGACGAAGACGACGAGGAUGAUGAAUUUGAUGAUGAGGAUGAAGAUGACGACGACGAGAAUGAUGAAUUUGAUGACGAAGACGAAGAUGACGAAGACGAGGAUGAUGAAGAUGAGGAUGAAUUUGACGACGAUGAAGAUGAAGACGACGAAGACGAGGAUGAAGACGACGAAGACGAGGAUGAUGAAUUUGAUGAUGAGGAUGAAGACGACGACGACGAGGAUGAAGAAGAUGAGGAUGAAUUUGACGAAGAUGAAGAUGAAGACGAUGGAGAUGAGGAUGAUGAAGACGAGGAUGAUGAAUUUGAUGAUGAGGAUGAUGAAGAUGAGGAUGAAGAUGUAGACGACGAAGAUGAAGACGACGACGACGAGGAUGAUGAAUUUGAUGAUGAGGAUGAAGACGACGACGACGAGGAUGAUGAAUUUGAUGAUGAGGAUGAAGAUGACAACGACGAGGAUGAAGAAGAUGAGGAUGAAUUUAACGACGAUGAAGAUGAAGACGAUGGAGAUGAGGAUGAUGUAUUUGAUGACGAGGAUGAAGACGACGAAGAUGAGGAUGAUGAAGAUGAGGAUGAAGAUGUAGACGACGAAGAUGAGGAUGAUGAAUUUGAUGACGAAGAAGGAAAUGAAGAAGAAAAAACAGAUAAUCAUUAA